AAAAUGCGGAGGAGGGAGCUGGGCAGGGACCACUUGGACCAAAGAGGACUCGACGUGAUUUAAUUUCAACGCAGAAACAACGGAUUCAGUAGGCAGUGGACCCGGGCGUCUUGCCGAAGCCAAGCCCAUUGUCUGCUUUUGACAGAGCAGCCAAGGAAAACCGUUCGAUUAAAUCACUAAAAGGGAGCGGAUAGCCACGAAAAGGAGUAUCUAGUAGUGGGUAGGCAUUGCGGUUUGUGAUUUACAGAAAAGGGCAGGACACGGCCAAAGCGCUUAGUACAUAGCUUAUAACGGAAAAUGAACCACAUCAAGUUUUAAUAAUAUGAGUAAGAACCGCGUUGUGUUGCAAUUGGCGACCAAUUGAUGCGUCUGUGCCGUCGUUUUCAGACCACUAGUUCCCGCGGACUCAUUUUGAUCACAUCAUUUUGAAAUUGUUACAUCGGGUCUAUUCAUUUAUUUUCCUAUUGUAAAGAGUUACUUGUUCAAACCAAGAUGAAUUUCCAAUCCGGGUCGGUGUCCGGUAUCUCGCAGCAGUCCCAACCGGCCAUGUCCACCCCAGGCACGGCCCCAGCGCCCGUUCCGGUACCAGUACCCCAGUCCAUCCCGUCCCAGUUCGGAUCAGGAUCAUCCGGAGGCUCAGGGCAGGGUCAGUUCGGUUCGGGAACAGUAUCGGGCCAGGCUUCCCAGGCCGGCCAACAAGGCAACCAGCAGUUUGUUUUGUCCAACUCGGCAGCCAUCCGGGCUGAGAUCCAUCGGUUCGAAUCGGUCCACCCGAACAUUUACUCAAUCUACGACCUGAUCGAACGCAUUGAUGACCUAGCCCUCCAGAACCAGAUCCGAGAACAUGUGAUCUCUAUUGAAGACUCUUUCGUCAACAGCCAAGAAUGGACAUUGAGUCGAUCAGUGCCAGAGCUCAAAGUGGGUAUUGUGGGUAAUCUGUCGAGUGGGAAAUCGGCCCUUGUCCACCGGUACCUGACAGGCACGUACGUGCAGGAGGAAUCCCCUGAAGGUGGUCGGUUCAAGAAGGAGAUGGUGGUUGAUGGACAGAGCUACCUGCUGCUGAUCAGAGAYGAGGGAGGCCCCCCGGAGCUGCAGUUUGCAGCGUGGGUAGACGCUGUGGUGUUUGUCUUCAGUCUGGAGGAUGAGAUCAGUUUCCAGACAGUCUACAACUACUUCCUGCGUCUGUCCAGCUACAGGAACACAGCAGAGGUCCCCAUGGUCCUGGUUGGGACGCAAGAUGCCAUCAGUGCUGCCAACCCCAGAGUGAUCGAUGACUCACGGGCCAGGAAGCUGUCCAACGACCUGAAGCGUUCCACCUACUACGAGACCUGCUCCACCUACGGCCUCAAUGUGGAGAGAGUCUUCCAAGAUGUUGCCCAGAAGGUGGUGGCUCUGAGGAAAAAGCAGCAGCUGUCUAUUGGUCCGUGCAAGUCCCUUCCCAACUCGCCUAGCCACUCAUCAGUCCCCAAUGCAUCCCUCCCCUCUGUGCAUAUUAACCAGGCGGCUAACGGCGGGGGUGCGUUCAGCGACUACUCCUCCUCGGUGCCUUCCACUCCCAGCAUCAGCCAGAGGGAGAUGCGCAUCGAGACCAUCGCCGCCUCCAACACGCCCACACCCAUCCGCAAGCAGUCCAAGCGCCGCUCCAACAUCUUCACAUCACGGAAAGCCAACAGUGAACAGGCAAAGACCACUGACAGUAAAACAGAUAGCAUAGGCAGUGGAAGGGCCAUACCCAUCAAACAGGGCAUCCUUCUGAAGAGAAGUGGGAAGUCCCUGAACAAGGAGUGGAAGAAGAAAUACGUCACACUUUGUGACAACGGCCUCCUCACCUACCACCCAAGUUUACAUGACUACAUGCAGAACGUGCACGGGAAAGAGAUUGACCUGUUGAGGACCACGGUCAAGGUGCCAGGGAAACGACCACCCAGAGCGGUCACCACUAUCGCCCCCACCGCCAGUCCCAAGACAAACGGGCUGACCAAGGACCGUAGCACCCUGCAGCUGGGCCCGCGAAGUGCCAACGGGAUGGGCGAGCCCCUAACCUGCAGCUCUGGAGUGGGCAGUGCUACCAGUCCCAAGCUGGAGCCUCCCCCCUCACCUCACGCCAACCGCAAGAAACACAGACGGAAAAAGAGCACGGGCAUCACCAAGCCAGACGGGCCGUCUACAGGCAAUGAAGAGUCGGAGGAGUCGUUUGAGUUCAUUAUCGUGUCUCUGACGGGCCAGAUGUGGCAUUUUGAGGCGUCUACGUUUGAGGAGAGGGAGCUGUGGGUCACAGCCAUCGAGAGCCAGAUCUUUGCCAGCCUGCAGUCCUGCGAGAGCAUGAAGAAUAAGUCCCGGUUAGGCAGCCAAAGUGAUGCAGCGUCCAUUCAGUCCAUAAGGAACGUGAGAGGGAACAGCAUCUGUGUGGACUGUGAUGCAGCCAACCCGGAUUGGGCCAGUCUUAACCUGGGGGCUCUGAUCUGUAUCGAGUGUUCAGGGAUCCACAGGAACCUGGGGACCCACCUGUCAAGGGUCCGCUCCCUGGACCUGGAUGACUGGCCCGUGGGGCUCAGCAUGGUGAUGAUGGCUAUAGGCAACGCUAUGGCCAACAGUGUCUGGGAGGGGGCCCUGGAGGGGUACACGAAGGUGGGCGCUGACAGCACCAGGGAGGAAAGGGAGCGGUGGAUCCGGGCUAAGUAUGACCAGAAGCUGUUCCUGGUGGGUCUCCCCCAGUCGGAUGUGCCCCUGGGGCAGCAGCUGCUCCGGGCCGUGGUGGAGGACGACCUGAGGCUGGUGGUGCUGCUGCUGGCCCACGGCACCAAGGAGGAGGUCAACGAGACGUACGGAGACGGGGACGGACGCACCGCCCUGCAUCUGUCCUGUGCCAUGGCCAACGUGGUCAUCACCCAGCUCCUCAUCUGGUACGGUGUGGACGUGAAAAGUCGGGACGCGCGCGGCCAGACGCCGCUGUCCUGCGCCCGCCGGGCAGGAAGCCAGGAGUGUUCUGACAUCCUGCUCCAGCACGGCUGCCCCAAUGACCCGGACAGCAGCCUCACCACCCCCAACAUGAGCCGCAGAAACCCCAAUGUUAACCCCAACCCUAACGUCAACAACAACAAUGCCCUCAGUGAGCUCAACCGCAGUGUCAGUAUAAUGUAGGACCAGGAGUGGAUCAUCCCAGAGCAGACCGGAGUAGACUUGACUCACCGAUCACCAAGGCCGUGAACAUAAACACACUGUGUCCCCAUAGAAGACCCAGUGACCGUACUACUCUCCCAGUCCCCAUUCUCCUCCUAUUCCGCUUCAUACUGUGUAACCUAAACUGAAUGACUGACAGUGGAGGCUUUUUUGGGCGCAACGGACAGGAUAGAGAUAUUCCAAGAUGCUGAGAGAGGCAGGCUUACCUGGUGGACAUUGUAUAUUGUACUUGUUUGGUUGUUGUUUUCUCAUAUCAUUGGCACAGCGGUACUGUCUGUGAGUAACAAUCAUGAUCAGUUUAAAGCUUUUUAUUGUUAUUAAGCAUCAACCAAAUGAAUGGCUCACCCCUCCCCUCUCUAGUAAAACAGUUAAUUUCUAUGCUUGAACAUUUUCUUUCCUGUCGUCCUCUGUUGGAGCCAAACUGUGUUUAUAUUGUGCUGUUUGAUGAAAUGACAAACUCCCUCCCAUAAUGCUUUUAUCCCUAUAUAGAGAAAGAUAAACACCUUCAUAACAUUUUGCUUUUAGAUACUCCAAAGGAACUUCCAUGUUGGACGCACAGCGUUUAAUGAGUGGUAUCAUCCAUAGUCAUACAGGAAAGAAACUAUUCCUAUAGAUAGUGUAAUAGGGUUUACAACAAGUCCUCCAUAGCCCACCAAUUUCAGAAUUCAGAAGGUUCUAAAUUAACCAGUUAGUAUUGGUACUAUGAAGCCAUCAAACUCUUGACAUGCCAUUCAUGUAAAAAAGCAACGCAUGUCUAGGUGGAAGGUCAAAAAUGAUUGAAAUACUUUACUUACGGGCAAAAGGUUUAAAUCAUAAUUUGACAUUUCAGAGAUGAUUGCACAAUGGGAGAAUUUUGGGAGAUAGUUAAGUGAGUCAUUUGUUCUUCCACCCUGAUCACGUCCUGCUUGCAAAUCAUCCAUGAUUAUAAGGGAAUUGAGGGUCUGUUUUAUGAGCAUCAUGUCGAUUGGUUUUUGUAAAAAUGCCUCUUCAAUCAGAAAUCAUUCAGAGGAAUGAUUGAAGGAAGGAAAUUGUAUCAUUAAGAGAGCUUUGUUGGAGUAAUUUUUGGAUGGAUUUGAAGAGUGUUGAUAACUAUUUGACACAGAUCACAUAACCUGGCCCCUGCAGGCAUAAUGGAAUGUCUGUUCACCUCUUGUAGCCGAAGGCCCUGUAUAUUGGUACUCAUGAUUAUAUGUCUUUUGUUGAUGUGAACUAUGUGGUGCGUGUGUGGGUGUGUGCGGUGCACAUGUGUGUGYGCGUGUGUGAAUGAAGGAGAGACAGGAAGUGACUGGGUAAAUCUGUGUACGGACACCAUUGGGAGAAAAGGCCAGCAUUUAUAGUUGUUUGACUAAAAGGUUUUUGGAGCAAAAAAAGGUGUUUUCAAGUACAGACCACUGUAACAAGCAGGGGUUGGAACCGAAAACAGGAAAAUAACAUUUUUGUGAAACAGAAGCGAGGAAAUUAUCUGUUAUUUUAAAAGCAUGGGAACCGGUUAAUAAUGUUAUUUUAUGUUUCGGGGAAUUUUUUUCCAGGCACACAAAGAAACGCAACAAAGAGCCUAUGCAAAGCCCUCACUCUGUCACUCAGAAACGUAUACCAGUGCCUGCAAGCUGGAAAUCUUUGCCUGUGCGUGUUUAGGCUACCCCCCCCCCGAAGCAUAGGCUACUGUACUGACAUUACAAGUGUGAUUCUGAAGACGGGGAGAGAUUUUUUAUUGGCUAGAGAAGAAUGGAUUCACUUUUUUCAAUGCUUGUUAAGGAUACUAUAGUUAUCACGUUUCACAUUGGAUUUAUUAACUACGAAAAGRAAGACGUGUUUUUAAUUAUGGUGCCGCUCUGCACAAACAAGCUUGUUAACUAGCUCUGGUCCAGCAUUAAGCCAGCCCUCGGAACUCUCAGAGUGGACCGGACUCACCAAUCACCAAGGCCCAGCGCUUGCAUAGAAACCGCUCCUCUGUAGGUAGAGUAUAAUUCGGUGGGAUUAAUUCGGAUAAUGCAUGUCAUAACAAGCCACGCCUCCUCCUCCACCCUCUCGCUCUCCCCACCCAGGGGAAUCGCAUCUCGCCCCCUACACUUGUCUGUCCAUCACACAUGUUAACAACUAGUUUGCCCGCUCCAUAGCAAGCUGCUCUAUCUGCCCUGAUUGGUGAAGUAAUUUAUUGAACUAAAUGUAAAAAACUGUUCAUUCCACAGGCCAAAAAGGAAUGAUAGAAAAUGGAAUGGUUCAGUACUUUAUUUUGCUGGUCGGAACAGUGGAACGGAAUAAAAUAAAGUGGUGGUUCUGUUCAGAACGAAACGAUUGGAAAGUACGAUUGGUUGGUUGGUUCCAACCCCUAGUAAACAGUAGCUCGUCCUCCAAUAAGACUUAUCCUGAAGUGGUGUGGAUUAACGUUGACUACUGGAGUCGUUUUGAAGCUUUCCAUCUCAAUUCCUCUACAACCAAUGUGACUUUAACGAACCAUCCAACCCCUCACCCUUACUCAAGGGACCAAAACAGGUACAUUCAAGUGUCAAACCAUGGAGAUAGAGACUAAAAGGGUCAAGAUGGGAUGGAGAGAAAAGCCAAGAUAACUUGACAGUUUUUAUGGUAAUUCUUCAUGAUAAUAUCAUAUGUGUAUAUAUAUAGACGAGACAAAACAAGAUGGAGGAGGGACUUUCACAACAGGAACAUUCAAGUGGUAUUGGCAUAAAGUAUAUAGAGACAUUUCAUUUUCCUCGYUCUUCUGCCGUUUUAAGGUUUGAAAUUAAAACCCAGUUUUCUGGUCUUUAAAUGUACUAUGGCAGUGUUUAUGUUUACAGGGCAAAGGCUCUUCAUAUUAACGCUGUUACAUUAUCUACAUGGUUUUGUUAUUUCCCAGCAGGCUAAACUGGUUGGAAUUACGUCAGUACAACCUGGUUACAACCAUAUUAUAACCUGGUUGUAAACUGGUUGUAAUGAGGACAUUUAAACCAGCUUUGCCCCCCCCCCCGCUGUGUUCCCUCAGUAUUUGUAGUUUAUUGAAACCCACAAGAUAUAAAGAUGUGGUCAAUCAGGAAUAGUGUCAAAUACAGUAUUCGCUUUCAUCCCUGUUGUCCUGAAUUGGCCCUCAGAUUCAACCAAAUUACAUUUAGACUGAUGGUCAACAGAGCUUGUAGACAGCCUUACGUUAUAACUACAUUGACGAGUUGGCCUUUUCCUUUGGUGUACAGUAGGUGUACAGUACGUGUACAAACCACCAUGGCACCAACGUAUUUCAAUGAAUUCUCAAGUACAUUUCAAAGUAUGUCUGAUAUACGGUAGUAGAUUAUUUCCUAUAGAGGAGUUUGAGGUAUAUACUUACCUGAUGCCAUAGGACCAUAUUCACCCUUGUAAUAUUUCCCUUCCCCACUACUGUUAACGCUGCCUGACUAUAACCAUUAUUCUAAGCAAAAUGUUUCCCCCCAAAGACGGGCUGUUCUGAUAUGGCACCCWAUUGCCUAAAUAGUGCACUACUUUUGACCAGAGUUCAAUGCGAUACCUGGUCAAAAGUAGUCCACUAUAAACGGAGUAGGUUACUAUUUCGGACGUACCCAGGUUCUCUAUGACCAGACAAGCUCCCAGUCAAACAAUUGAAAAUAUUUUUGUUUUUUACAGUCAGUCUUCCUUGACUUGUAAACCCUAUUUUGAUAUCUUUUCAAUUUUUUCAUCAUUGUUCUCAAGCAUAUUUUUAGGUACUUUGGUUAGGUCUCAAUGUAGCUACAUUAUCUGACCAUUUGAGGUACUUUGUGUAUAAUGAUGUACAUUUGACAUAUUUAUAAUGCAGUAUGUAAAUAUUGUUUGUUUUUGUUUAAUUUUUCUAUUGUAUUUUUUUCUCUCUUUACGUUCGGAACGUGAGACAAAGCAUAAAGCUAAAGAGUUAGCUGCUGUGUGCUUGGAUGCUUGGCUGACUGUUGACCUAUUCAUCAAACACUCCAAUAAAACUAUGUAGCCUUUCCUGGAUUUGGGAAAUAACAAAA